AUGUCUCGUCGCCGUGCUUCCCAUAGCGAACCAAUGGGCUUAUCAUCCGCGAUGAACGAGGCGUUUGCCUAUCCAUUCUCUGGAACGCAACAGAACAAUGCUCCACCACGACGGGGUCCGAUCGAGGGACCCAACGGACGAAGGUUGAUUCGUAGAGUCACCUGGCGAUCCUCCACAUACAAAUUGAUGGCUUGUCUGUGGGUGUUGGGCGUCUUCUAUAUUGUCUGGCUCAUCCGAGACAUCUUCUAUUUGCCUUUCACCCCUUCGCAGAAAGGGCCCAUUCGCCAUGAAUCUCAAACCGAUUUACUGGCUCAUUAUGUGGGCCGACUGUGUGAGAUCCUGCAGAGAUUCGAUGGGAUUGUCUUUGUGGGGGAUGAUGCCCUAGCCGACGCCUAUGCGGGGUUCAACAUCCUUCUGCGGGAGAAUCUCGCGACCGGCUCUCUUAGAGACUGGGAAAUGGACAAGGACUUGAGCCAGAAAUGUCGAUGCGAGUCCCAAUUCACCCAAGCAGCGUGUCUACCCCUGCGUAUUACCUCGAGUGACCAAGUUGAUGCACAAAGCCGCAGCCCCGCCUUGCGGGCCCCAUACUCGUGCCCCUCCAGUGCAUCUCAUGCUUUCCUCUCCACCGAUGGUUCCACGGCCUCCAAGAGUGCUCGCGACCACUUCCGCCGCCUGACAGGAAGAGCCGCGGACCGAAGCAAGCCCGUCCCCGUGAUCUUGAGCCUCUCGCUUUCGACAUCAUACUCUCUACCGGCAGCCCAGAAGAGCAUGGACGAAUGGCUGUCCAUGGCCAAGGCGACCAAACAAAACACCCCUUUCCUUUGGCUCGGUCCCACCGCCCCUGGCCUCCGGAAGGACGCUAGGGACAACAUCCACGCUUCCAGCUGGCAGUAUUCGCAAGACACUAUCAAGGAAGCCCGUGCCCGAGGCAUGGAUGCCUUGGGAUUGUACAAUGCGACGCUGCAGGCCGAGAGUUGGGACGGAAAGCACUACGGUGAGCAAGUCGCUCUGGUGCAAGCGAUGAUGAUCAUCAACUGGCUUUCAACCUUCUAA